AUGGCAUCCCCCACUACCGACUCAGACGGCAUGCCCAGCGAGUUCAGUAUGUUUGGCGAGCUCACCAACUACGAUUUCGUGACUAUAGCCGAGGAGAUCCUCGAACUCCAAGUCAACUGCCACCGUACAGCUCACAAACAUCAACUGAACGCUGAGAUACUUGAAAACUACGUCCGGAAACUGCGUCUUGGAAAGACAGACGGAACCAUUCAAGACCCGGAAGCAAAGAAGAGCAUUGCAAAAGCGGCAGUGUCUGCACGCACUCGUUUUGAAGAUUCCAAGCAAAAUAUCAUCACAGCAUUGGAACGGCUUUUGACGUGUACUAUCCACGAACUAUCUCCGUACGAUGAUGUAUUCGAUUUCAAGCUCAUGCACGGCGUCAAUAAAAUCUUUUCCAAGAGGGAAAACAUGAAGCUUUUACAAAGUUUUUAUGAGGGUCGCGUGGCUACUCUGCUUGAUAUUAUGUGGGCUCGAUUUCAAGACAUCAUUGUCCAACAACCACUGGACAUACAACUGCGCAUUAGGGGCAGAUCCUUUGACGAGACUGGGUAG